AUGGCUGGCAAGAAGCGUGUGCGUAACUUCACAGCCGAUGACCGCGCGACUCAUCGCAUAUUUGAGAAAAACCGACGCGAAGCGUUCAAGAGCCGUCUGAUUGAACUUGCAACUCAUCUUCCAGCCCUCGGCGGCACUGACCCUCAACGCCUUUCCAAGCACGUCGUGGUCCAAGAGAGCAUUGCUCGUCAUAAGCUCAUGAAAGGCCUCUGCUCUGAUGCGUUCCAAGACAUCCGCGCUCUGGUCCAAGAGCGUGAUGAGCUCCUUACUCAGGUCAACCACCGUCGGCUCAUUGACGGUUUGGCGCCACAGGCUCCGAAGGCCGUCAAUCUACAUCUAGACCGCCUUCAGCUCUGUAUCGCCCACGGCCGCUUCAGGUCCUAUGCCUACUCUAAUAUCCCUGGGAAUCCCAGCGCCCGCAGCGGAAACCACUCUCCUCGACCGUUUCUGGGAUGUGACGCAUGA